UAGAGGAUUCCUUCCAAGCUGUAGCCCGGAGUUGAGGGUGGGCUUAGUGCAUGGCCAUAGAUAUAUAGAUAUAGCGUGCGCCUCUUUGUUUCAAGAGGAGGAAGAUAAGAUCUUCACAAAUAUGCAUAGCUUCUUUCUCUUCGAUUUUUUUCCGUUCUUGUUUUUCCCUUGAUCUUGAUCUACAUCCAUCAAACGAUUCUAGCAUCCUUUUUUUUUGUUCCCCAAGGAUCUUGCUAGCUUCUUGUAAAUUCCAUGCAAAAAUAAUACAAGUUCUUUCUACUUUUAACGUUCUGGCCCUUUCUCUCUUUGAUUUCCUCUGCCCUUCAGCAUUCUCAUCGAUCGAAAGCUUGUCUUUCUUGGAGCAAAUAAAAAAGUGCGCGCACACUACAGACCUAAGAGAACCUUCUCUUACAUCAAAAUGGAAAACGUUUUCCUGGAUCAAUCCUCCGGAAGCUUUGAGUUCAGGACAAGGACCGUCGGCCGCUGCCAGCGGGGUCUCGGCGCUCCACCGGCGACGCCGCGCGGCGCAUACAGCGGCUCCUUCCCUACGUGCCAGCCAUACAGCCAUCAUCACCUGCACAAAGGCAGCGCGUGGAGCUCGGCUCCAGCACUUCCGUACGCGAGGCAUCCAAUAUACUCGUCGCCAUCUCUUCCUCUCGUGCCGUCCAACCAACCGCCUCUCCUGCCGCUCCCUCCCACCGCCACCAAGUACGCCACUUUCCCCUGCCUCCCAGCUGCUCCACCACAGCCACGCGCCGGCAGGGGCGCAGCGGCAACCACCACCGUUCCAUCAGGGACAGCCCCUGCACCGCGCCAGAGGGAUAGGAGGAGGAGGCCGUCAAGGCCGCCGCCGUCGACGGAGCCUCCCAGGGUGCAGAAGAAGAAGCCGCUGGAGCGGGCGACACCUCUGUCGCCGGCGCCGGCGGCGACCGAUGCGCAUGCGCUGGACGACCUCGAGCAGGUGGUGACCAGGACCUUCGUCCAGGACCUGCUGCACGCGCUCGCGCCGCCGCCCAGCAGCCUGCCGCUGCCCAGGUUCUCCCUCGUCGUGAAAGAGUUGACGCCCGCCACGGCUGCCACCAGGGUGGUGGCGCCGGCAGCGCCGUCCUGCGACGCGGAUGCCGCCACUGCCGACGGUAUCCGCGGCCUCCUCCGCCUGUAGGAGAAGGCCGCUCCCUGCCGUGUUCGGUGUUCUUGGUAUGUUUCUAUAAUAUUUUCCCUCCAAUAUCAUUUGUUUGGCUGCGAAAAUACGUUCCAAAAGUAAAAAAAUGUUGGGGAAAAAAGACGAUGCGAUGCUCGAGCUAUGGUCGGUCGAGUUGUCCGUAGUGUGACUGUGAUGUUGGCGUUGGACCUGACUGUUCAAAAGCGAGAUGAGGAAGGCGAUGUCAGCCAAGGUGUGUGAGAGACGUCGUCGAUCAUGUUGUAGAUAUCUAGGGUUUUACGUGAUGUCUACCGACGUAACUAUGUACGUAGUAUUGCUUCCUCUUCUAGAUUGGGUGAUGGGUUUUUGAAUUACCUUGUAUCAAGAAAUUACUGCACAUUGUGUUAUGUGCGACUUCAAUAUAUAUAUAUAUA